CAAGCAUUGCCCGGAGCCCCUGUGCUUAUGGCCUCUGCCAGGCCCUGCUAAAACGGAGGAGUUCUGCCUCGUUAUCCCCAGGUGUUUUCUGCAUUGAAGCAGUCCUGGGGCAAAAAUUGUGUCCUAAGGCAAUGGAAAACUAUGUGGCAUCAAUGGUGCUGAGCGCAGUUGGUGACACGCUGGGCUAUUACAAUGGGAAAUGGGAGUUCCUGCAGAGUGGCCCAGCCAUCCACAAGGAGCUGGCGGAGAUGGGGGGACUUGGCAACCUCAGCAUCCAAGGUUGGAAAGUCAGCGAUGAUACGGUGAUGCACUUGGCCACGGCCGAAGCCCUGGUAGCUGCUGGGAAAAACCCAAGUUUAGAGCAUCUCUAUUCCCUGAUUGCAAAGAACUACAAGGAGUGCAUGAAUGAUAUGAAGGGCAGAGCUCCAGGUGCCACGUGUACGGAAAACGCGCUGAAGCUGGAUCCGGGGCGGCCAGACGGCUGGAGGAUCCCAUUCAGCACCCGGGCGGGAGGCUGCGGGGCUGCCAUGCGCUCCAUGUGCAUCGGGCUGCGUUUCCCCCACCCCGCUGAGCUGGACACCCUGGUGCAAGUCAGCAUAGAGAGCGGCCGAAUGACCCACCACCAUCCCACUGGCUACCUGGGGUCCUUGGCUUCAGCCCUCUUCACGGCUUUCGCAGUGAACGGCAUGCCCCCCCCGGCCUGGGGGAAGGGGCUGCUGGAGGUGCUGCCGCGGGCGAAAGCCUACGUGCGGGGCACCGGCUUCUUCGUGGAGGAGAACAUGGGGCAAUGGCAUUACUUUGAAAAGCAGUGGGAAAAAUACCUGGUGGAGAGAGGCAUAUCAGACGGGGUCUCGCCACCCACCUUCCCGCCCAAGUACGGCGUCGAAGAGAGAGACUCCUUCUACACCUCCCUCAGCUACGACGGCUGGGGGGGCAGCAGCGGGCAUGACGCCCCCAUGAUUGCUUACGACGCGCUGCUGGGCGCAGGGGACUCCUGGGCAGAGCUGGCUCACCGGGCUUUCUUCCACGGGGGUGACAGCGACUCCACCGCCGCCAUUGCGGCCUGCUGGUGGGGGGCCAUGCAUGGCUUCCGGGGGGUCGGCGCCUCCCUCUACACCCACCUGGAGUACAGGGACCGCCUGGAGCAGGUGGCCAAGGACUUGUACCGCAUUGCCUAGGUGGGGGGGUGGCAGGGCCCCCCAGGGCAUGUGCUUACCCCACCUGCGGCCCCACACUCACUCAAGGUUUUGCAAACUCGGUUUGCAAACCCACUGGAUUAAAGCACUGGAGCAUCAGCCAGAGCCAGGCUUUUUCUGUUUGUGUGUAUUGGCUUCGGCAGGGAGGUCAUAUUGGAGCUAGCAGCUUGGGGCUUGGGGACAGUGGGUAGGGAAAAGCAGGUACAAGGGGGUUUGAUGGGAACAUGCAACCGUGCGUCUGUCCCUUGAGCAGCCGAGCCCUGAGACGUCCCUCCCGUCAGUGUGGCAGCUGCACAUCGUCUGGUCCUCAGGGGAGCAGGAGCAUCCGUUGCGGCA